AUGGACUUUAAGCGUCGGGAUCACCUCGACGCCAUUCAAGGGAAAAGCCGUUUGUCUGCUGGGUACCUGGAUGUCACCGUAGCUUUUCACCGCCGCGACAAUCUCAAAGCCCAUUGUGCGAAGACACAUGCGAGAUCCGGUGGUCGCGACCGCUAUGUUGCUUCCCUCGACAAGAUGAGUCCCGACUACGAUCCAGAGUUCCGUGGUCCGCUGUCAUUUGACGGGCGUCCGCUCUGA